AUGAGCUCCAACGACGCAAUUGACCAGUGGUUUGAACAAGCAUAUGAUUACCUCAGUAAUCACAAGGUUAACGUGUCCAACGACAAUAAACUGAAACUAUAUGGUCUCUACAAACAAUCCAUUUUCGGCGACUGCAAUAUACCCAAACCAAGCUUAUUUGAGUUUGUUGCCCGUGCAAAAUGGGAUGCCUGGAAUUCGCUCAAAGGCAUGCCUAUAAUGACCGCACGCGAAGGAUACGUGAAUCUCGUGGAAUCACUCAAUGUCGGUUGGUCUCGCCAAGGCGAAUAUGCAUAUCAACCAGACACGGAAGAGGAAGAGGAAACGGGAACUUUUGGUAACUCGGUCAGCUCCAUGGUAGCCGUGGCAGGGCAAGACGAAAGUGACACAGACGAUUUAUUCGGUUAUGCAAGACAAAAUAAUUUGGACAAUGUAAGAAAACUAAUUGAAGAAGAUCACGCAUCCGUGAACAGUUGCGAUGCCGAUGGAAUCACUGCCUUGCAUUAUGCUAGUGACCGUGGUCAUAUGGACAUGGUCAAACUGCUCAUACAGCUGGGUGCAGAUAUCAAUGCUCGCAGCAAUGAUCAAGAAACGCCUCUACACUACGCUUGUAUUUCAGAACAGCUGGAGGUGGCGGAAUACUUGGUUCAACAAGGUUGUGACGUGUCGGCCAAGGAUGCCGAUAAUCAGCUCGCCAUAGAUCAAGCGGAUUCAGCAUUUGUAGAAGCGCUCAAAAGCAAAUGCCCUCAGCUUUAA